AUGGACGAAGAGGCUGAUGGCUUCGUCCUCGUGCCACGGCAUUUCGAAGACGACAAUUGUCCAUCCUACCUGUCGGACAUUGAGCAAGUCGUCCUCCACCUAGACGACCUCUCAUGGACCCUCAGCUGCUACCUCCACGAUAAUCCCGAGCUUGGCUUCGCCGAGCACAAGGCCCACGAUGCCUUGACCAAGUUCAUGGGUUCCCACGCGGGCUGGAAGGUCACAUCUUCAGCCUAUGGCAUGGAGACAGCCUGGGUCGCUGAAUACGACACAGGCAGGCCUGGGCCUGUCAUCGCGUUCAACGCAGAAAUGGGUAUCGCGACCGCAGAGACUCUACAAAAGCACAAAAUUGGCGGCAAGAUCCUCGUCAUAGGGACACCAGCGGAAGAAGGAGGCGGUGGCGGCAAGAUCAAAUGCCUCGAGGCUGGGGCGUACGAUAAUGUCGACGUGGCCAUCAUCUCGCACCCGGGGAUCCUGAACAAUAGCCCCGCGGUGAGAACCACUGCGUACACACACCUCGAUGUUUCGUACCGAGGCCGCGCCGCUCAUGCCGCCAACAGCCCCUGGAGUGGCAUCAACGCGCUGGACGCUCUAAUUGUGGCGUACAAUGCUGUCUCGGUGCUUCGGCAACAGACGCACCCUGACGACAUUAUUGGCCUACAGAUCACUGACGGCGGGAAUAGGCCAAACGUGAUUCACGCGCACGCUGCUGGUGUUGCUGUUCUCCGAGCUACGAGUUCGCGUCGUUUGCAAGAGCUUCGACGCAGAGUCGUGGCGUGUUUUCAAGCUGGCGCUGAGGCCACUGGUGCCCAAGUCCACAUUGAAGAGACGCUGGGGUACAAGGACCACGUCCCGAAUCGUGUGCUGGCAACAUCCUACGCAAGAUACUGGAGAGCGAUGCCAAACGCCCCUGAUCCGCCGCUGCCGCCUCCUGGACAGUAUACCUUGGUCAAGGCUAGCACAGACCAGGGGAACCUGAGCUACGCGCUGCCGAGUAUGAAUGUCAGCUUUGCCAUUCCUCCAGGCGAGAAGGGCGGACAGCCGCACAGUCCCGAUUUUCAAAAGGCGUCUCGCACCCGAGACGCUUUUCAGCGGGCUAUGAGGGUUGCCAAGGCGAUAGCAGGGACCGCGGUGGAUGUAUGUGCGAAGCCUGGACUGCUCGCGGAUGUGCAGGCGCAAUGGAGACUUGAUAUGGCUUCAAUGGCAGGUCAAGAGGAGCCUCAUGGGAAAGCUGCGUCCAUGGCAUAG